UCAACCCCAGCCCGGGAGGCGGGCGCCUUGUUGGAGGGCUCUGCAGUGACCUGUGGCCCACGCUCCGCGCCACCCGCUGACCCCUGCGGCCGCGGCCCCUCCGCUGAGAGCCCCGGUUUCGGCCCGGGACGCCCCGGAGCAUGGAGCCCUUCCUCAGAAAGCGCCUGGCCUUCCUGUCCUUCUUCUGGGACAAGAUCUGGCCGGUGGGCGCGCCGGACGACGGCGUCCUGGGGCUCCCCGACCCUGAGGCCGGCGCGGAGCCAGAGCCCCCCGCCGCAGAGCCCCGCAGCUCCCCGGCGCCCGCGCAGCUCUUCAGGGCGCGGUACGACUUCACCGCGCGGUGCGCCGACGAGCUGAGUGUCAGCCGCGGGGACAGGCUCUAUGGCCUCAAGGAGGAGGGCGGCUACAUCUUUGCCCGCAGGCUCUCCGGUCCGCCCAGGGCCGGGCUGGUGCCCAUCACCCACCUGGCCAAGGCCACCCCGGAGACGCUCUUGGACCAACCCUGGUACUUCAGCGGCAUCAGCCGUGCCCAGGCCCAGCAGAUGCUCCUGUCUCCGGCCAACGGGCCUGGGGCCUUCCUCAUCCGACCCAGCGAGAGCAGCCGCGGCCACUACUCCCUGUCAGUCCGGGCCCAGGCCAGCGUUCGCCACUACCGCAUCUGCACGGCGGCUAACGGCCUCUACCUGCAGAAGGGCCGGCUCUUCCCCAGCCUGGAGGAGCUGCUCGCCUACUACAAGGCCAACUGGAAGCUGCAGCCCUGUGUGCCCCAGGGCGCAGCAGGCGGAGGCCCCGAGUGCCCCCCACCCCCUCAGCAGCCUCUCCUGCAGGACGGGUGGGAGCGGCCUCGCUCCGAGUUUGCCUUGCGGAGGAAGCUGGGUGAAGGCUACUUCGGGGAGGUGUGGGAAGGUCUGUGGCUCGACUCCACACCGGUGGCAGUCAAGGUCAUCAAGUCAGCCUACUUGAAGCUGGCAGACCUCACCAAGGAGAUCCAGACUCUCAAGAGCCUGAGGCACGAGCGCCUCAUCCGGCUGCAUGCUGUGUGCUCGGCCGGCGAGCCCGUGUACAUCGUCACCGAGCUCAUGCGCAAGGGCAAUCUGCAGGCCUUCCUGGGCAGCCCUGAGGGACGGGCCCUGGGCCUGUCCCUCCUGCUGGGUUUUGCCUGCCACGUGGCCGAGGGCAUGAGCUACCUGGAGGAGAGGCGCAUCGUGCACCGCGACCUGGCCGCCAGGAACGUGCUUGUGGGUGAUGACCUGGGGUGCAAGGUGGCCGACUUUGGCCUGGCCCGGCUGCUCAAGGAGGACAUCUACUCCCCAAGCAGCGGCUCCAAGAUCCCCGUCAAAUGGACGGCGCCCGAGGCAGCCAACUUCCGUGUCUACUCCCAGAAGUCGGACGUCUGGUCCUUCGGAGUCCUGCUCUAUGAGGUCUUUACCUACGGCCAGUGUCCCUAUGAAGGACUGAGCAACCACGAGACCCUGCAGCAGGUCACCUGGGGGUACCGGCUGCCGCGCCCGGCGUCCUGCCCGGCCGAGGUCUAUGCGCUCAUGCUGGAGUGCUGGCGGAGCAGCCCCGAGGAGAGGCCCGCCUUCGCUGCGCUGCAGGAGACGCUGGACGCAGCCCGCAGGCGCCUCCACCCCGCCCUCACGUGACCUGGGGCGCUGGACGCAGGGGCUGGGGCCACUCCUCCCCGCCCGCGUGUCCCCGCAGGACAGCACUGGCCGCCAACACACACGGGUGCCGGCGGCCUGGAGCCGACUCUGACCGAGGGCCGAGGGCCCUGACACACACACUGACCCACACUCUGCGUGUGGAUGGCUGACACACGCAGACACCCGCUGACACAGGAGGGCAUGAUGGCCUUUGCCCUGCGUGACCCGGUGUCCCUGCCGAGGGAAGAACUCGGCACAGAAGUCCAGGUGGGGGGAUGCGCUGGGCCUGCCGCCCUGGACACCCUCCACCCCCUCCCAGGUCGAGAGCCAGAGGCCGGACUUCCCAGUGUUCUGCAGGGCCCCCCUGUGGCCGAUGUCGGGCUGGCGGGCAGACCCCAGGCGCUGGGCACACACGGCCCAGGAACAGACCCCGGGCACACGGGAAGGCAGCGGGCACGCGAUAAAUGCACACCGAGCUGACUCAGACACACACACAGACACGCGUCACCCACAGGCCGCAGCCCCAGCCCUGGCACAGACCCGGAGCUGUCAUGGCCCACCAGCUGGCAGACAGACAGCUGGCCCCAUGCGCCCCAGGCCCCCGGCCCAGGAUCCUAGCGCCCAGACCGUGGACCCAGAGGAAGCAUGACUUCUGGGCCACUGGCAGGACUCUGUGCCGGCCGCGGGAGCUGUGUGAUAGCCCCUUCCGUUUCCCUGGGGCCGGAAUUGAAGGGGCGGAGGGAGGGACUGGGUCAGGCCUUGGGAAGGUCCGGCUGGCUGGCUCUUUCUGGGGACGGGGCAAAGGUCAGGGAGGCAGAGUCUGGGCCUCAGCGGCUCAGGGUCCCAGGUGCUGGCCUGCCCGUGCAGGGUCAGGCAGGGGUGGGGUUGGAUGCCACGGUGUUCAGGCAACUGGGUCACAACCAGGUCUCUGGGGAAAAGGAACCGGGCGGUUUCCAGCGUGUGACUGCUCCCCCAGCAGCUGAUUUCAAGCCACUGUUGAUGUCACUGAACGAGGAGCUGGGUGCUGGGAGGGGAGGGGGGACGAACAGCAUUGCUUCUCAAUCAUCCUGCCCAGCUCUGGUCACUAAGAGACGGACAGAUGGAGGGCCGGGGGCCGGGCAGGGGAGAUCUAUGCUCAGGGUCUUUACCCUCCACUCCUGUGCCCCCCAUGAUGACAGCUGCGCCCCGAAGGCCUGUGGGACGGAAGGACAGAGGCGGCUGAGUCUGCUUACCGACCCCUGGAGAGAACCGCCCAUGUGCACAGUUGGAGGCAGGGGUGCGCCUGCUGAGGCCAAUUAGCCCCGCCCCGCUUGAUGUAGGGUGAAGUGUCGGGUUCGGAGCCGACGGCUAAGAAAGAACUCUUGAGACGUUUUUGGUGCAAAAGGUGGUUUUAUUAAAGCGAGAGGACAGGACCUGUGGGCAGCAAGAGCCGCACUGGGGUUGUGGGGGGUGAUGGGUUAUAUAAAAUGUUCUAUCCUAUGGAGGGGAACGUGACGUUAGGGCUUCAGGAAAUUGAAUCCGUAGGUUCCUGGGAGUUUGGCUGUUGAUAAAAUGGCUUUUUUCCUUGUAAAUCAUUAAGACGGUUGUAGACUGACA